AUGAAUUGUAAUUUAACAUUAUCAUCUUCUACAACGUUAGAUGAUGAUGACUCUUCUGUUGAUAUCAUUGAUAUAGAAAGUAUUACUCAAAAUGAAAUAGAAUCAGUUAAAGAGAUAUUCAAAGCUAUGACACAAAGAAGGUAUGAAAGAAAAUUCUUAGGUAGAGACCCUUUUUCAACAACAAGUAGAAAAAUAUCAUUUUUAUUUAUUUUCUCAUUAGGAGGAUAUUUACUUGGGUUAGUUAUUAAAUACUUUAUUAAUACAAUAGAAAAUGAUCAGCAAUCAUCAAUAGAUGAAACAACAAAUUCUUUUGGUUUAUUUCUAAUUCAACAUUUAAAUGAAAUAUUAAUAAUGAUUGUAAUGACUAUUUCUAUUACACUUUCUUUACACAUUUUAAGACCUUUUAUUGUAGUUUUAAUGUUUGAAUUAUAUUGGUUUACGAUAUUCUUCUUUUUAUUAGAAGCAUACAAUUCAUUUUCAUUAACUGUUCUUUCAAUAUUAAUAUUAGUUAUUGUUGUAUUAUUUACAUUAUUAUUUUCAACAUUCUUUUCAACAAUAUUAAAACAUAUUCCAUUAUUUAUUUUUCUACGACCAACAAUUGUUUCAGUAGAAGAAUCAUCAAAAGGAUUUAGAAGAUAUAUUCUUGAAACUAUUAACUUUAUUACUAGAAGAAAGAAAAAAUAUACACUUGAAGGUAAAUUAAAUAAUAAUUCAUUGGAAGGAACUAUUGUUUGGGUUGAUAAUCAAAUGUUAGGUGAAUCUUUAACAGGAGAAUGGAAAAAUAAGAUGCUUGUAGGUCCAUUUGAAUCAAUACUUAUAGGACAACGAUCAUUAAUUCAUUCAGUAACUUUAAUGGCAUAUAAUUCUAAAUUCUAUCAAGGAAUUCUUUCAUUUUAUUAUUCAUUAAUAUCUGUUGAAUGUUGUUAUUCAGGAACAAUUCUUUAUGUUUGUUUCUCAUAA